UCUAACUGUAAAGGGGGUUCAUGUCAGACACGACCACCGUCUCCCCCCUCAGCUCGGUCUCAGUGAACCAGCAGCAGCUCAUCCAGCCCAGCGCACAUGAGCGCGUGUGUCCAGGAUGUUCUGAGCGCCGAUUGGACCAGAGACGCUCGAAUGAUCCGUCUGGAAUUUACACUGAAAGAGAAAAUGUGUCUCUCAGCACGUCAGUGGAGGCAGAGGAUGGUUUGCGGGCUGCUCGUUAUCCAAAAUGGAGCUGAACGGAUCUGGAGGAAAUAAAGUUAUCCGGGCUGCGGACGUGACAGAGAGCCGGGAAGAGUAGCCACAACCUGGGGAGUGUGUCAGAUUGCGAGGCUCAGUGGCCCCUCAGUGUGCAGUUGGAUCAGCUGAGACAGCAGCAGUGGAGAUGGGUGGUGGAGGCCAGCUGAAGGAGCCAGGGGAGCCAGGGAGAGCUGGACGUCUCUACACCUGGGAGGAGGUGCAGUGCCACAGCAGCAGGAACGACCUGUGGCUGGUCAUAGAUCGAAAAGUUUACAACACCACACAGUGGGCCAAAAGACAUCCAGGAGGGUUUCGUGUCAUCAGCCACUACGCUGGACAGGACGCCACGGAGGCAUUCAUUGCUUUUCAUCCCGAUCUUAAGUUUGUGCAAAAGUUUCUGAAGCCCCUGCUGAUUGGAGAACUGGCUGCAACAGAGCCCAGCCAGGACCACAACAAAAAUGCAGCACUCAUACAGGAUUUCCGCACUUUACGUGUUCAGGCAGAGAGCGAGGGUCUGUUUCGAGCCCAGCCCUUGUUCUUCUGCCUCCAGCUGGGUCACAUCAUGCUGCUGGAAUCCCUCGCCUGGCUCAUGAUAUGGCACUGGGGAACUAACUGGAUAUUGACGUGUCUCUGUGCAGUCAUGAUGGCAGUUGCUCAGUCACAGGCUGGCUGGCUGCAGCAUGACUGUGGACACCUGUCUGUCUUCAAGAAGUCCAGCUGGAAUCACUUGUUGCACAAGUUUGUCAUCGGCCAUUUAAAGGGAUUUUCUGCCAACUGGUGGAAUCAUCGACAUUUCCAGCAUCACGCAAAACCCAACAUCUUCAGAAAAGACCCUGAUGUCAACAUGUUGAACUUCUUUGUAAUUGGUGCCACUCAACCGGUGGAGUACGGUAUAAAAAAGAUCAAACGUAUGCCCUAUCAUCACCAACACCAGUACUUCUUUCUUGUGGGACCGCCACUGCUCAUUCCGGUUUAUUUCCACAUUCAGCAAAUUCGCACCAUGCUCUCCCGCCAUGACUGGGUGGAUCUGGUUUGGUGCAUGUCGUACUAUCUACGCUACUUCUGCUGUUACAUUCCCCUGUACGGCCUGUUUGGCUCAAUGGCGCUCAUCAGCUUUGUCAGGUGUCUGGAGAGUCACUGGUUCGUGUGGGUGACUCAGAUGAAUCAUCUGCCCAUGGACAUUGACCAUGAGAGGCACCAGGACUGGUUAACAAUGCAGCUACAAGCCACCUGCAAUAUUGAGCAGUCCGCCUUCAACGACUGGUCCACAGGACACCUCAACUUUCAGAUCGAGCAUCAUCUGUUUCCCACGAUGCCACGCCACAACUACCACCUGGUAGCUGAGCGGGUCCGUGCCCUCUGUGUGAAGUAUGGGAUUCCUUACCAGGUGAAAACUAUGUGUCAAGGCCUCUGGGAUGUCUUCAGGUCACUGAAAAACUCAGGAGACCUCUGGCUCGAUGCAUAUCUCCAUAAAUGAGAAAUGCUGUUCUCCACACUGCACCGAAAAGGAAUACAGUUUUCUCCUCUUCUGCAUCAUGAAUUGAUUGUAUCUGUUUGGUUUUAUGAUCCAGUGAAGUGUGGGAAUGUUUUCUUUCCAUUGGUGUAACAGUUAAGUCUUGGUUUCACAUUUCACAUUCUGUGCAGAAUUUAUAUAAGCGUUCAUACUUUUCAUCUCACAGUUACACUAUCAUUCAGCAACAGUUUCGUGCUGUUUAAAAUACAAUAAUGGAAGCUGGUUGUGGGUUAUGUAUACAGAUGUUUUUUUCUUCUUUUAUCUAUAAUGUGAUACUGUUGACAAUUCUUCAGCUGCAACUCUUUUCUUAUCUUCUGAUA